CGGGACGGCACCUGACAAGAUAAGCCGACUGCCACACAAGAGUUCCGCCGCCGCCUUGACAGCAUGGUUCGCAAGUGGGCUUACGAUUUGAACGUUAACACCGGGUCUGCCGAUCCUCUAGGGUACAACAAACACGUGGCCCUGGAGCACAAUGCUGUGACCACAACCUCGGCCAACGACACGCUCGACUUGAAGCAAAAGCGCGCAUCAGAGAUUGCCCAAGCACCGUUCAAAGGCCUGUUCCAGACCGGUCUCAUGAUGUACAUGAGUGGGUCGUCGAUCAACAUUUUCAGCAUCAUGAUUACCGCCAUGGCGAUAUUCAACCCUCUGAAAGCGCUCUUCAACGUCAACGGCGCCUUUGCAUCGCUUGAAGAUGGCAAGAUGAACUUGGCGCAGUCCAAGGUCACGUUUGUCGUGGCCAACUUGGUGGCGAUCGGGGUCGCGCUCUACAAGUGCGGGACCAUGGGUCUCUUGCCCACCACAAGUGCUGACUGGACGUGGCUCCUCCCCGUCAAACAAGCAUUGGAAACGUCGGCAUCGGCUACCCCCGUCUACUAAAACACUUGAGAGAGUGUUCAAGCAAACGGUCCUAGUAUCUUGAUCUUUUCAUGUCGAAAUAACCUCGAAAUAUAGCCGAUACGAUAAUUUCCUUUUUUGCAC